AUGUCCGACGAUGAAGCAGACCCCGAGUUGCUCGCCCUCCUUCGCAAAUCCCUGGGGUUAGGCAGUGGUCCAGCCAAUCCAAGAGCGGCAGAGACAAAGGUCCUGGAAAAUGCCCAAUACGUCUUCGACAAUGCCGUCGAUGUCGCAUUGAGUCCCACCAAAACAAAGGAGGCCGCGGAGACCAUCUGGCGCCUGAUGCAGAAGAAGGAAUACUCGACGGAAACCUGGUCCGAUCAUGAGCUACACCCGCAAGCGAAGGACGAGGCCACGGUCGCGUUCAUCUUCACCAUGGAUCUGCUCAAUUUCAGCUUCUGGUCCGAACUUCCCGAGGCCGAACGGUUUGCGAUCGACUAUCGCGGGAGACGCUGGACCGGGUACUGGAGCUUGGUGGCCGCUCUGCAGAGAGCGUUGGAUGAAGGGAUCCCAAUUACGGACCCCGAAUUCUGGGUGAACGAGGAGGCGUGCCCCGACGAGAAGCUCCAGCAUGUCUUUCGGUCCGCGACGGAAGAGCCGAUCCCUCUGUUCCGAGAACGAGUGGACUGCCUGCGCGAGGCCGGACGGGGUUUGUGCAAGGACUUUGAGGGCAGUUUCUUGAACUGCAUCUACAACGCCAACUAUUCAGCGGCGGCCCUCGUCAAUAUCCUGACGGAGUCAUUCUCCUGCUUCCGUGACGAGACAUCCUUCCAGGGUCGCAGGGUUCGACUGUAUAAGCGAGCGCAGAUCCUCGUUGCCGAUCUGUGGGCGUGCUUCAACGGUGAGAGCUUCGGCGAAUUCCACGACAUUGACAAGAUCACCAUGUUUGCCGACUACCGAAUCCCCCAAAUCCUCCACCAACUCGGCUGUCUGGUCUACUCUCCGCCGUUGACCAGCCACAUUCGGGACCUCAAGCCGCUGCCCCACGGUUCGACCUGGGAAGUCGAGCUCCGUGCCACCAGCGUCUGGUGCGUCGAGCUCAUCCGCCGUGAGAUCGAACAAAAACACCCCGGGUCGCAGUUUCGAACGACGCGCCAGGGAUCGGUGGACAAAUCCAAUACCCUGUCGCCGGAGGACGACCCCGCGAGGAUGUGCUCGACCCAGAAGCACUUCAGGCAGAAGAGCGUCCAAGAGCACAAGACCUCGAACGUGAACGCCGUCCUCAUCGACUUCUUCCUGUACGACACCAUGAAAGAAAUCGAGGCCGACGGACAGGAGUCGAUUCCCCACCACCGCACCAGAAGCAUCUGGUACUGA